UCAGGCUAUGACUCCCCGCUCCUCUGGACACGGCGCCGCGUAAAAAUGCUGCUCUCUGUGCCGCCAAGGACAGGAAUCAACCCGUACAACGGCUACAACGGCAAAAACAACAAAAAGCAGCACCCAUAUGUGUCCCCGUCCAACCAUCAAAUGGCUCCCCCAAGCCCCAGCAGCAACAACAAUGGAAACAGCACCUCCAUCACCAAUGGCAGCGGUAACAGCGGGGGAGAGCAGCUCAGCAAAACCAACCUGUACAUACGUGGCCUCCACCCAGGAACCACGGACCAGGAUCUGGUUAAACUCUGUCAGCCGUAUGGGAAAAUUGUGUCCACCAAGGCCAUUUUGGAUAAAACUACAAAUAAAUGCAAAGGCUAUGGCUUUGUAGACUUCGACAGCCCAGCCUCCGCUCAGAAGGCAGUGACGGCGCUGAAGGCAGGUGGAGUGCAGGCUCAGAUGGCCAAGCAACAGGAGCAGGACCCCACAAAUUUAUACAUCUCCAACCUGCCUCUGUCCAUGGAUGAGCAGGAGCUGGAGAACAUGCUGAAGCCCUUCAGUCAGGCCAUCUCCACCCGCAUCCUCCGUGACGCUAACGGGACCAGUCGAGGAGUGGGCUUUGCCAGGAUGGAGUCGACAGAGAAGUGUGAGGCCAUCAUUCAACAUUUUAAUGGAAAAUAUAUCAAGACCCCACCUGGAGUUCCAGUGCCGUCAGAACCCUUGCUGUGUAAAUUUGCUGAUGGCGGCCAGAAGAAGCGCCAGAGCCAAGGAAAAUAUCUGCAGAACGGCAGACCUUGGACGAGAGAAGGGGAGUCUGGAGGAAUGACCCUCACGUACGACCCAACCACAGCCUUACAGAAUGGGUUCUACUCCUCUCCGUAUAGCAUUGCACCCAAUCGAAUGAUUGGACCGGCAUCCCUCUCACCAUAUAUGCAUUCACCUAUGUCCACCUAUCAGGUACACAACCCAUCCUGGAUCCAUCACCAGUCCUACAUAAUGCCGUCAACAGGAGCUGUCUUGACGUCAGGAGUGGACCACUCCAUGUCCAUCCAGCCAACCCAGAUGAUGGGACCCCUGACGCAGCAGUUAAGCCACCUUUCCAUGGGCAGCAGCGGCACAUAUAUGCCUGCAAACACAUCUAUGCAGGGGACAUACAUACCCCCAUACACCCAAGUGCCUGCCACCAACAUCUCAGUGGAGGAAAGUGCCGUCCAGCAAUCCGUUGCCAUAGAGACACCCACAGAACCCACAACCUACUCCUACCAGCAUAACAAGUGAAGAGAUCUUCCUCUGGUGCCUGGAGUGACUCUCAAGGCGUUGACACUUGGGGGGACACGGACUGUUCCACACAAAGGACAAAAGAAAAGAUACUUUCCAUAAACUCCUCUUUUAAAGGAAACUCUUUUACUCUGACAACCAAGCAAAGUGGGAGUAUGAUGGGGAAACAGGAGGAACACAAAAAGGAGCAUCUAUUUUGAUAACAGUCAAGAAAACAGUCACACACUAUACACACAUAUAAAAGGUUUCAUGGGCUUUUCUAAUGCCAGAGUGAAACCAGGAAAAGAACAUUUCAACAUCACCUUGUGGUUUUUCUUUGUUUGUUUUUUUAGUCAUGUGUUGUUUUAACCUUUUGUAAGAUGUGUCGAUUUUUCACUUGCUUUUUUUUUUAUCCAAUAUUUUCGGGCUUUGACCUGCCUUUUUGUACAUAAUUCUUUAUUUUGGUUUGUUUCUGUUGUCGUGUGCCCUGAUUUGAUUGAUUUGCGCAUAAUAUUUAAGACUGAACUCUUUCUAAAGCUGAUGGCUCAUGUAGUGUACAGAAAUGGAUCAACAUACUGUAGGUUCUGUUGACAUCUCUUUCUUUCUGGCACUUCACUCACAAGUAGUUAAUAGGUCAAACAGUAUCGACAAAGCUUUAGACAAUCAGAAGAGUACAAAGAGGUGAAAAAAAUAUUCGGAUGGCAGAUUUAACAGGAGGGACUUCUUUAAAAGAAAUAAGCUGAAAUAAAGCAUUCCAGAUAAGGUGGCAUGCAAAAGUGGAAGCAAUAAUUUCUUUUAAGUGAGUAGCUUUGAUGAGGAUCUGAUUUCCAAAAGGUAUGAUGUUAAAUAAGACAUGUCUUUGUCUUAAAAAAAAAAUUCUUGCUUGUUUCUGUAAUUCAAAACAUAAAAUAAAAGAAGACAAGCAUCCAAAUCAAAAGGGGGUAUGAACUAACAACCGUGUCCUUGUAAAGCGAUCCACAAGUUUCCGUCCCUGUUGUGGGGACAUUUAUCCUCUAUUUGGAAAACAGUUCUGGCUCUGAGAAAUUCUUCGGUUGUCUUCCUCGGCUUGCUCGUCUGAAGUCGGACCAUAUAUAUGAGUGCCAUGGACAAAAUGUUCAGCUUGCACCUCCUGGAGGUAGUUUGAUAGGCUUCUUCAUUUUUAAUGAUUGCUUCCAGAGUUUAACGGGAUGUAAUUACGUCCGUUCUUUGUUGAAUCACUCCGCCAUGCCCCUGGCUGCAGCACAAACCCAAAGCGUGGUCAGUUCACCCUUGUGCUCAAGAGGAGUUUUGUCUCAAUCUAACUUAUCUUAUCAUACUCUAAAUUUCCAGCAGUCAAUGAAACAUGUCUCCAAAAUGCAUCCGUCAUGCUUAGAUGCUAAUUUGUAAACAUAAAAUGAUGUAAGAGGAGUUUUCCUCCGACUCCUCCAUGAAUAGCGUAUGUGUGUAGGUGUGACUGCACAGUGAAACAGUAAACAGUCCGCUAAAUGUUCUUGGAGGUAUUUUACAGUGUUUUGCUUUACCUCAAUUAACUGAAAAACUUUCUGGCUUCUUAACCACCACGUCUUAGUAUGCUCCAUUAAAAUGCUUUUCUGUCUUUCUAUGGCCUUUUCGUACUCUGUGGGCAUAAAUUAUUAACAUUUUUAGACUGCCAGGCAGCUACUUAGAGGAGCGAAUGUCCGCUUGGGUGCUGAGUGGAUAUUUGAAGAAGGAAGCUCAGCCCUGCCCUCUGAUUAUAAUGGUUUUAGGUGCUCAAACAUUUUCAAGGUGCCACUUUAACAUUGCAAAACCAAAAAUAUUCCCCCAAAUUUGCUUAAAAGAGAGUAUCUAAUAUUUGGUCUUCAUUGCGUCCUCUACUCACCUGACCGAUCGCAGUAACAGAAAUUUAAAGUUGAAACUUUUGCAUGCCACUGCAUUAUUGUUAUCAGUUAUCAGAGUAAGUUUACUCUAAGCUGCUCCCCACGAAGGAAUCCAAAGUUGCUCAACAGGGAUCAAAACACACAAAGCUGCCUGUAAUAGAGAUGUGUUCAGGCAUCACGUUGAGUCAUUUCAGUUACUUUAACAACAAAAUUAAGCCUGACAGCUUGAACUUUACAGUGUAGAAGUUCCUGUGUCAUCUGCUUUUGUCAUGUCCCCUUGACAAAAGAGGACGCUUCAUUUCCACUGAUCUGAUUAGCUUUUGCAUUUUCAGAAAAAAAAAAAAAAAACACUAUUUAGUUGGAUUAUUCUGGGCAGUGUAGAGAUUCUUUGAUACUGGCCAUAGACGUGUCUACAUCUACUUUAGCAUUUUUGUUUUUUACCUUCACAUUUUUUUUUAACAUUUGUUAUUUAAUUUGUUUCCUUUUUCAUUUUAAUACUUUAAAAAUUGAACAGAUUUUUCAAAGAGGUUUUGAUUUUAUUUUUGAUAGUGUGUUGUGUGCAGCAAAUAGUUAGAAAUAGAUGAUAGGUGCUUUUUAAAAAGAAAAAUAUUGUGAUUAUUGUGAUCAUUUGUCUGGUUGCGUCAUUAUGUUCUGAUUUCAUUUUUGAUGUGAAAAAGGCUUUAACUUUUUUUUUUUUUUUUAAAUACAUUUUAGUUCUGUUGGUGUCACAGAUGUUGGCACUUUAUAAACAUGACUCCAGAUCAUGGAUUGAUUAUGUUUGUUAGGUUCAGAUGCAUUGUUACAGAGUUGAACCCCAUGCAGUUGGGAUCAAUGUUUGAGAAAAAUAUGCUCAAAAAACCUCAACUUACCUCAUUCUGCCAGAGCAAUGUAGAUGCAGUUUGUGUACAAGAUUCAUCUGCGAUGACCAACUGCAGUUGGUGUCAUGGCUGUUCACAGCUGGUACUGUGUCCACAUCGUUUAACUCUUCCGUCCAAUGUUUGGAAAAACCCGCCCAAGGUCUGAUGAUCUAUGCAAUUAAUUUAUUAGCCGUAUAAAUGCAAUACUGCAAAUAUCAGAUACACCUCAUAAUAUGCCAAUAGAACACCUCAAAAUGUGGCUUUAUGUUCUGGAUGACGUAAUACUUCUUUAUCUUACAUUAUAAUUUUUAUUUUGUCGUUACACGUCGGGUUCAUUAAUUCUUAGCUAAAUUGCUACAUUAAAAGGGAACUAGUUCACACCAAAAUGUGGUUGCUACUAAGACUGUAGUAAUUUACACAAACAAAACAAAAAAAGAUAAGAACCAAGUGUGUUUGAAAGCAUGAAGGUUGGUGUUGAUACUAAAUAAAAACACCCUGUAUUGUGUUAAAUGUGACUCACUAUUAAAUCCAGUUUUUUUUUUAAAGUUGGGAGCCCAUUAACUCCUUUUUUUAAACAUGCUUACUUGCUAAAUGAUUUUUGCCCAUUUCUUUCCUUAAACCAUGAAAUGUUCAUUUCCUUAUAAGAAACUAUAACUUCACAAAAAUGCCUUAGAUUUCACUGGAAGGGAUUGUGAAAUGCUCCCCAGAUUUUGGGGGCUUGGCGUCUGACUGGAAUUCUUUUCAUGCACUGCAAACAUUGAAGUUGUUUUUAUUCUUUUAACAGGAAUAAAUGAAGCAGAAGUUUUUUAUUUCUUCUGUGUGCUCCAUUGUCAUGCCAUUGUUUUAAUCCAAAGCAUUGAAGAAUAAAAAUGUUCUGGCUUGAGUCAAAAUACCAACAGCUGCUAAUUUUGGAUUUCUCUCUUAGUUGAAGGUCAUUCAAUAUUUCACACGAGGUCAACUUCCAAUUAAUUUUUCAUUUCUGUUCAUGACAUCUUUUCUGCAUCAACCUCUCCUCAGUAUGUGUGACACGGUGCAGGAUUUUGUUUCCCUUGGUUGGGAAGAAAAAACAAAAAAAACUUUUUUUUUUUUUUUUAAUAAAUGUUUUUU